AUGUCCAGUACACUACUGUCCGUCCACCUUUCAUUUGCUUUCAGUGUUGUUGUUGCUGUUGUUUGCUUCCUCGUCUUCGUCUUCUUCUUCUUCUUCUUCUUCUUCUUCUUCUUCUUCUUCUUCUUCUUCUUCGUAACGUUACUUUCUUUUAAUAACUCUUUCGUAUCGACCCUCAUAAGCAAACACACACAAACACACAUUAUCUAUCUAUCUAUCUAUCUAUCUAUCUAUCUAUUUAUGUAUGUUCAUAUCUAUCUAUCUAUCUAUCUAUCUAUCUAUCUAUCUAUCUAUCUCAGUCUGUUCAGAUCUAUCUAUCUAUCUAUCUAUCUAUCUAUCUAUCUCAGUCUGUUCAGAUCUAUCUAUCUAUCUAUCUAUCUAUCUAUCUAUCUAUCUAUGUCCUUCUUAGAAAGGUGGGUGCGCCCCAAUAAAAUGCCAGUAAACAAAUCAAACCAAUCCUUCUCUUACUUCCAUAAAACAACCAUAUCUACUCUGACUGGAUCUAUCUAUCUAUCUAUCUAUCUAUCUAUCUAUCUAUCUAUACAUGAGCUUAUUAUAAAUAGUGUUUUUUUCUUUUUUCUUUUUUCUUUUCAGUUGAAUUUUUUCUUUCUUUUCCAAGUUUGUGUUAGCCUUUUUUCUUUUCUUUCAGAUUGUCUUCGUUCUUUCUUUCUUUUUGUAUUUUUGUUGUAUUUGUUCUUUUAUUCUUCAGUUUCUUUUUGCUCUUUCUUUUUUUCUUUUACAUUGACUUUUUUCAAUCUUUCUUUUUCAUUUCAAAUUGUAUUCUUUCUUUCUUUCUUUCUUUCUUUCUUUCUUUCUUUCUUUCUUUCUUUCUUUCUUUCUUCUUCCAGAUUCUGUUUGUUUUGCUUUCUUUUUCCUUUCCGGUUUCAUUUGUUUUUUUUUUCUUUUGCAAUUUCUUUUUCCUUUCAGAUUAAGUUUGUUUUUUUUUUUAUUUUUUUUAUUUCAGAUUCUAUUCAUUCUUUCUUUUUCAGGUUGUAUUUCUUUUCUAUUUUUCCGUGCAGAUUGUAUUUUCAUUUUUUUUUUCGGUUUGUAUUUGUUCCUUCUUUCUUUUUUCUCUUCAUCACAAUUUUUCCUUUGUUUCCUCUCCUUCUCUCCAAGGAAGUUUCUGUUUAUUCUAUGAUCUAUUACUUAUAG